AUCGUAUGUCAGUAACAUUUAAAUUGGUCAACAUUUGAAAGGAUUUGAAAAUAGGUUAAAGAAAUAAUUUGUGAAAAAGCGUGUUACGGAACAUUACUGCUUCAACAUGACAACCGCGACAGAAGCACUUCAAAAACAAUUUAAAUGUGAGGUAGACGAGUAUAAACAGGUUCAAAAAGAUUACCUCCAAAUAGUGAAGCAAAGACAACAGCUGGAUGGACUGUUAAAUGAAAAUAUUGCGGUUAAAAAUGAGUUAGAUCUUUUGAAACCAGAGGAUGAUGUUUUUAAAUUAAUUGGACCAGUUCUAAUUAAGCAGGAUAUAGAAGAAGCAAAACAAAAUGUUGCUAAACGAAUGGAGUAUAUCACUUCAGAAUUGAAAAGAGUAGAGGAAUUAAUAACUACAUUAGAUAAGAAAUUAAAUACAUAUCGUGAAGCAUUGGAGAAAUAUCAAGAAAUGUUUCAGGAAACUGAAAUGAAAGCAUCAUUUUCUCAAUUAAAGGCAUAA